AGUGCGGAAGCCUAGCUAGCUGCCUCCCUAGCUCCCCGCCUGCCUUCUGCUGCCCGCGGCGCCAUUGCGAGUGCGAGCGUGCUCCUGCUCCGCCGAACCUGCUCCGCUGCGUCUCGCCGCCGCUCCACUCCCUCGGGACCAUGGCCACUGACUCGUGGGCUCUGGCGGUGGACGAGCAGGAGGCGGCCGCCGAGUCGUUGAGCGGUUUGCAAAUCCAGGAAGAGAAAAUCAAACUAGGUAUUCUCAAAGUGGAUGAGAAUUCAGGGAAAACAGAUGAAGAAGAGAAAGAAGACAGAGCUGCACAGUCACUGCUCAACAAGCUGAUCAGAAGCAACCUCGUGGACAACACCAAUCAAGUGGAGGUCCUACAGCGGGACCCGAAUUCCCCCCUCUAUUCAGUGAAGUCUUUUGAAGAGCUUCGGCUGAAACCACAGCUUCUGCAAGGGGUCUAUGCUAUGGGCUUUAACCGGCCAUCUAAGAUACAAGAGACCGCACUACCCAUGAUGCUUGCUGAACCCCCACAGAACCUGAUUGCCCAGUCUCAGUCUGGUACCGGUAAAACAGCGGCCUUUGUCCUGGCUAUGCUCAGCCACGUGGAACCACUGAACAGAUACCCCCAGUGUUUGUGCCUCUCACCCACUUAUGAGCUGGCUCUUCAGACGGGAAAGGUGAUUGAGCAGAUGGGCAAAUUUUAUCCAGACCUUAAGCUGGCCUAUGCUGUUCGAGGCAACAAGUUGGAAAGAGGUCAGAAGAUCAGUGAGCAGAUUGUAAUUGGCACCCCUGGCACCGUUCUGGAUUGGUGCUCCAAGCUGAAAUUCAUUGACCCCAAAAAGAUCAAGGUGUUUGUUCUGGACGAAGCUGAUGUGAUGAUUGCUACCCAAGGCCAUCAGGAUCAGAGCAUCCGCAUCCAGAGGAUGCUGCCUAAGGAUUGUCAGAUGCUGCUUUUCUCUGCCACCUUCGAGGAUUCCGUGUGGAGGUUUGCUCAGAGAGUUGUCCCAGACCCCAACAUCAUCAAACUGAAGCGAGAAGAGGAAACUUUAGAUACCAUUAAGCAGUAUUACGUUUUGUGCAGUGACAGGGAUGAGAAGUUCCAGGCCCUCUGUAAUCUGUACGGGGCCAUCACCAUUGCACAAGCUGUGAUCUUCUGUCAUACCCGCAAAACAGCUGGUUGGCUGGCAGCUGAACUAUCCAAAGAAGGCCACCAGGUCGCGCUCCUGAGUGGCGAGAUGAUGGUGGAACAGAGAGCUGCUGUGAUUGAGCGUUUCCGGGAGGGCAAGGAGAAAGUGUUGGUGACCACCAAUGUGUGUGCUCGAGGUAUUGAUGUAGAACAGGUGUCUGUGGUUAUCAACUUUGACCUGCCAGUGGACAAGGAUGGGAAUCCAGACAAUGAGACCUACCUCCAUCGGAUUGGGCGCACGGGGCGCUUUGGCAAGCGAGGCCUGGCCGUGAACAUGGUGGACAGCAAGCACAGCAUGAACGUUCUCAAUAAGAUCCAAGAACAUUUCAAUAAGAAGAUAGAGAGAUUGGACACCGAUGAUUUGGAUGAGAUUGAGAAAAUAACCAACUGAAACUCCUUGUCUAGAGUUGACCCACACCCUCCAGAUGUGUUAUCUCCAGCUCCAUUUGGACUGUUUUUCAAAUUGACACAUUUCUUAGCCAGUCACAAAAAAGGACUAAGGGGGGGAAUAAAUAGAAAUUACCUACCUCAUUUCAAAUUAUGUUUGGACUUAACAAAGAAAAAUUGUGAAAAUAAUGGGGGGGAGGUAGAAAGAGGAAAAAAGUGUUUACCUGAAGUUUUCAGAUUAGGUGUAAAUGGACAGAAAAUGCCUUUUGAACAAAUCUAUUUUAAACACAAAAAAAGCCAAUGUGUUACCAUCUUAAUGGUCUACUCCAGGAACUGUCACAUCUGGAUCAUUUGGCUUCCAGUAUUCACUGUGGUAGCAUCUGGUUCUGUUCUCCCAAAGUGAAACAAGUACAUCCUACAGUGCCAGCCAAUUUACAGGAAACUGCAAGGGGGACAGAGCUGAGGUGACAAUGGGAAGGAGGGGCAGAGCUCAGAAGGGCCUCCUGGACAGCUUCCAAGCCAAAAGGGAGUGGGGAAAGUUCGCAGCUGGGAUGGAGCAGCUCCUUCCUCCCUGACCCCCACAGCUUGAAGACAUUGUGUUCUUUCUUAUGAAAAGAGCCCACCAGAUAUCCAAGGGGGCUCCACUUCUGGAUGGAGCUGGCUUCCAAGAUGUGCCAGUAUCGAUUCAAUAACAUCAUUGUCAUGGAAUCACUUACUGUGUGGUCCCCAGCAUGCCGAGGACCGACAGGAAAUGCCGCAUAGACCUGGGGCUUUCCACUGGAAGGACCGAAGGCAGCAGAUCUCUGCCUCUGUGACUUGAAGAGAGGAGACCCUCAAGAGGGACAGAGAAGGAGGAUCUUCUCCCCUAUAGCAAUGUUGGCAGCUUCAUGCCUUCAUUGUCCUGGCAAUGUGGCCUCAUUCUCCCUUUGAAAGUCAUGUCAAGUCUGGACAAAUCACUUCAGGACCCCAAUGGUUGUACUGAAGAAAGGCUUCUAUCUUCUGUAACAAUAGAAGUGGCUGGGCCAGCGAGUAUAGCAAGAGACUGUGUCCUCCACCCUCUGCACAGGGACCUCCACUUCCCUGACUAGCCCUGUCUGUCUCCUGGCUGUAGGGUGGCCGUGGGUGAAUUCCCAUGUGCUCUCUGGUUCAGAAGGUUCCCAGACCAUCUCUGGGCUCUCCUUGGUAUCCAGAUGGAAGACAGCACCCUGCUAGGGAGGUGCUGAAGACAUAGAAAAGUGGGAGCAGUGGGACAGAUUCCUGAGGCCACUGUGAGCGACUGUGACUUCUCCCAUACCCAGGAUAGGAUAACACAGCCAACAUAAUUCCUCCUUAGGACCUUGGAGAAGAAAUGAUCAACUACCUGGGGAAAACCUAGCCCAGACCCAGAGGUUUUUGUGGGUGGUGGGGUUCCACAUUCCACAACCAAACAGCUGCUCUUCAAGGGAAAUAACCCAACUACAGCAAUCACUUGGCCUGUUUAAAUCAUACCUAAGAGAAGACUUGACCACCACCUCCCCUGUCUUUGGUUUCUCCUGCCAGCAUGGGACAUGGGCGGGUAGAAUGUCCAAAGUCUGGUCCCCAGAGUAUGUGUUGGUUCAUGUGGGUGUUGAUGGGAACCAUGUGUAUGAAGUGGUUUGACUAAUGGGACCUACCUGUCCUUAAGCCUGUUUGUGCACCCAAUGUAGGAGUUAGGACCUGUAAUAGGUAGAAGCCAAAUGGAUCUUCUUUUGGGUUUCUGUCUGUCAGCUCCUUGCUUUCAGCUCCCUGGGGCUUUGCUGGAGAUCAGGGGUGGGCAAGAGCCAUUAUGGACCAUCUCUGCUUCUAGGAAAGCCUGUGGCAUAAGGCAGUGGGCAACAAGGAUGCUAUUUCCUGGGCACUUUGGCUGGAAGAAGCAGCGUUGAUGUCUCCUAGCCCAGGCUACUGAGUUGGAAGCGUUGGUUUCUAUUUGGGGAGUGGGCAUCUUGGGCUCUUUCACCAGACUGGCUGUCCUUUGGUGGGAGUUUUAAUGAGAUAAUAGAUAUGGUGUCAAUCAGUCAAAAAGUCUUUGACAACUUGAGGGUCACCUAUUGAUUAUUGUAGAUCUACUUUCUACUUGUGUGAAUAGAUUGUGAAAAUCUUGUCACUAAAUUAUUCAUCUAGUUUUCUAGUAGUGAAAUUACGAAUCUGUAGUAAUUGAGUGUUUUGAUCACCUUCCAUCAAUGUGAACUGUUGUUCACAUUGUCUGGGGGAUUAGGAGGUAGGAUGCAAGAAGGACAUUUGCUGUCCUUUGCCUCAAGCACUUGAGGAUCUUGUUAAAGACAAUUCUUGCAUCCAUGAAACAACCAAACCAAGGACUUUUUUUCUUGAGUGUGUGUUCUCUCCCCUCUUUAUGUCCUUUCUCCCUUCCCUUGCACCCCCUGGCCAAAACCUCACACCUUCUGACCUGUGUCUCAUCCCUCAUGUUUUCAGAGGUGCUUUACAACCUACAAAUGACCAUUCCUGACGUCACCCCAACACGGCUCUUGUUUGGUAGUCCAGGUGCUAGGCUUUGAGGCAGAUAAUAAAAUAACUAAAACAGGAUUGGCUUCUGACCUUGUAGGACAGGAUACAGAAUGGAAAAAUGACCAUUUGGGUCACCAUGUUGCCCAUCUCCCCAAAAGGAAGUUUCAUAGGGUCCUGGCAUUUACAGCCUAAAAACACCUUGCAGAUCACUUUCAACACCCUUACUUUACAGAUGAGGAAGGUCAGGACCAGAGAGAGGAAUUGAUAUGUUCAAGAAGUGAAAUUGGUCUCUUUAGAAAAUACAUGUGUAAUACAGCUGCGGUCAAGGGGAAAAGAACUUAUAAUAAUAGGCCCUUCAGGAUUUCUUCAACGCAGAUGUAAAAAGUAUGGCCAGUAUUUGGACCAAGAUUCUACAACUGAAUAGUAGUAAGAAAAGAGUAAAGCACCACAAGAUAACAUAAGACGGCACAACUAUCUUGAAUAAGGUUAUUUGUUGUUUGAAAUUGGUUCUCUUCCAUGCAUUCACUUUCAGUAGGGUCACAUUUUAAAGGGCUAAGAACUUGGUGGCUAUGGGAGAUCUGGAGGAACAAAAAGACUUGUUAACAUCUCAAACUGCUCCACUUGGAUGACUCCUUAUUCCAGUGUCCUGAACUAAAACAGUGCUGUAAAGAAUGCUCAGCCUCAUUGUAGGGUACACACAGGUGCUCACAGUGGGUCAGGGCAUGGGGAUCUCUGCAGGAUGGAGUUGCUGGAGAUAGGUUAGUAAGCUGGUCCAACUUGGUAGAGUGUUGUCUGGACAAAGAUGCUGGCCUAGGUCUUUCCACUCUCUUCCCCCAACUGAAAGUGUCUUUUCCUUUCUCAUAGUUCUUAGCACUUGAGCACUCCUGUGUACUUGAUGAGAACACAGUAUUUACCAUCAGAAAACCUGGCUUCAAAUGAUAGCUUGCCUCAGGCUGGUCAUUUAACCUCAGGAUUGUUUCCUUACUUUUCCAGGGAGGGAUUGCAUUAGAUAGUCUCUGUGUAUUGUUUCCCUUUUAAAUUCUUGGCCCAUUUUGCCUGUUACUAUUGGAAUAUGUGUUCUUCCUCCUAGAUUAUAAAUUUUGUGUGGGCAGAGAGGAGGAUAUUUGUCAUUCUCCUCAAUACCUAUCACCUAGUGACUUAAUACAGAGUUCUAAAACUGAACCUGCAUGCUACGUGGACAGGGAAGACACCAGUCCAAAUGCAAACUCCAGUGUGUUUUAAGGUCUGGUGGAUAAUUAAGGGUAGGUUAAUUAUUGGAAUCACUGAAUGCCAGAAAAAGGGAUAGGGAGUCUGUGGGGGCCAUGAAUGGCUGACAGAAAUGUUGGGGGAGCAAUCUUGACUGGGGAGGCUAUGCAUGAAGGAACAAGACGGAAGGGAAGGAGACAAAUAAGAGGGUAACUGUCAUCUAGUCCUGAAGGGCUGAGUAUCUAUCUAAGCUUGAGUUUUAUUCAUGAGAGGAGAAUUGCUAAGGAAAUGUUGAUAGGACCUGACAAUUUUGUUUCUUAGCUUACUGGCUUCUUCUAUGGGGACCAGGACACACACAGAUACUAGGCAGAGCAAACUUACCAUGAAGGACUUUGGAUUGGAAGAGGAGAUAGUUUAGAUCUCAUGUGCUCCAUUGCCAGAGAUCUUGGCCCAGGCAUCAGGAGGAGCAUCUGACAAUGGUGCAGCUGAGAUCCCCUUACUUCCCAUCAGAGGGACCUCCUAUUGGAUUUAGAUAAUGGUCUCUUCUCUUCCAUGUGUGAUCCCCCACCAUUUCCCCCUGAUCUCCAGAUAGAUGACAACUCACAAUUUGUAGCAUAUCUUGGUUUAAACUGUCAAGAGGAAGACAGGUAAAAUGAGGACAUGAAAGCCAGAAUGUAGGGACCCAGCCAGGACCUGUAGCAGCUAAGGUGAAUGCCUUGUGAGUUUUUAAAAGAUAAUGCCUUUACUUGAAAGUUCCUAUCCCAUUGAGAAUUGGAAGGUUGUGGAAGGUUGAAAACUGCAGAGAUGGGCAAUAAAAUUAGAGGUGUCCACAUGGGGAGAAAUGAUGUGCCCAUUAAGCAUGGCCUUGGGAGGGAGGAUUAUUCGAUGUCUCUAUUUGGGAUACAGAGUGUUGGGGUAUAGGGAAUUGCCUAUAGCAUAUCUGUUAAAUGCUGGCUCAUUUGCUGUGUUGGUUAAAGAGAUAGCAAUGGAAGUGAUCCACUGGUAGUGAUGUGGGGAUGUGAGGGGAGGUGUAUUUGACUCUCCAUGGUCUGUAAUAUUCAAGGAAGGAAGAGUGGAAGCUAUCCCCUGGGGAUGACAUAGGUAAGUGUUUUGCGCUACCUCUUCAUACUGUUGGUAAAGAAGUAUAACAAUAAAAUGGAUCUCCUGGA